GUAUAAAAGAGGAAUGGACAUGUCUUCAGGUUUUAGAGUUAAGUCAAAAGUUCAUAGUACUGAUGAGUGGUUUGGGCAGAUUUCUUCCUCAGUUAACAUACUGGCAUUUCAUUAUUGUAUAUGUCACUUAUACCAGGUUCUUUGAUCAAACAAUUAAUGUAGUGAUUUAUAUAAUUAAAUAUUACAUAUGGCCUUGUCAGUUGGAACAACUACAACCGUUUCAUGUAGGCUAGCCAGACUUUGAAUGACAGCUGUUUGGGAAAUACAGGUUUAUUUCAGUUCUGUUUGCCCUUUUUUCAGUUUUGCAUUCUUCCAGUGACCCCAUCACAUCACGCCCUGACUCAACCCACCCUGAAAGAGUCAACAGGCUCAUCUUCUUUGUUGCGCUAUUAAGGGUGUACCUUUUGACAGCAUCGAUCCAUAAAGAUUUGGGAGUUGGGAUCCCAAUUGGAUAUUUUGGUCCAUAUUCCGUGAAUAACUGACAAAGGUUGUCACUAUCAACAAUAGAAAAUGAAUGCAUGAGUAUUCCUUCAUCAGCAAUUACCUCUAUUCGUGGCGAUCAACAAAAGAGAGGUCAUCGCUGAUUAUAUGACCGACAGGCUGGUUGCAGCAUGAUGAGUCUUGGCAGCCCCAGAUAGUGGAAUUUACAUUAUGGCAGUCAACGUUCUGUUACAGAUUCCUGUAAUUAAACAAUAAAGAAAUUUGUCCAAACUAACUUACAAGCAGCCACGCACAUACACGCGCGUACGUGCAGGUCGCUAUAUAAGUGCAAUAAUCUUGGACGCGACGUUAAAACCCAAUUUCACCUCACCGCUAUAGAAGUGCACUAAUCAACAAUAUUCCAUACGUAGGUUGUACCUUUUUCCAUUUAAGUUAAAGGUUUUGGUUGAGUUUCUUAAAAGGGGGUAUAGAUAGUUCGUGAAUUCCUCUUUUUGUUUCAGAAAGGGAAACAACUACACAGCGAAUACUAACUCCCCGGAGAAAGGACUAGAAUAAAGAACUGAUCACAUCAGACAUCGUUUGAACUCUACCAACUGUCGUGUUUAAAGGCUUUUGUGAAUAUGAGUUUAUUGGGGUUUGUAAAUAUGUGGAGUUUAAUUAGAUUUAUAAUUAUGUGGAGAUUAUCGAUUUUGGUAAAUAGCAAUGUGUUUAAGCUUUCCCAGGGCUGUAGGAGGAAUAUAUGUUGUCUUCUUCACGUUCCCGCGAGUUUGCAACAUUGUUCAUGAAAUUCGUUUUUUUUAUAAAUUAUUUUAUUAUAUUGUGAAAUCAUAAAUUUAAACCAUUAAUGACUUCUUGCUUGUCUUCGGAACUAUUUUCUACCACACAAGACUCAAUUUAACCUCAUGACUUGGCACAUUUUGAAAACGUCGAGCUGGCUCGAGUGGCAAUAUGGACAGGUCUCCAAUGACGGCACGGUGAGUGCACAGCCAUAAGAAAGUGGGACGAAGGCAACAGAGUAGGGGCGUGGCCGGGAGGGUACGACCAUCCAUAGUUGGAGACUGGUGCCCCAAGGCAUUAUGACGGGACGCUAGUGGUGGUUAUUGGAAACAUUGGAAGUAAGCAGUAAAGCUACCGAGCACUUUAUCACAUCUGUGGAGAUUUACUCUGCUGCAGAAUCCUUUGAGUGGCAAAAUGAGGCAUUCAUUCAUUCAUUGAAAAAUACUCGCGUGCACACAACGCGAACACUCCAGUUAAUGUUGAAAAAAUGAUAGAUUUGGGCAAGUCUGGGCUGUAACCAAUACCGCAAGUUGAGGAUAAAUGUGUUCAUGAGUUCUAAUCUAAUCUACUCCACACUGAUAAUAGUUUGGUUUUUUUCCAGCAGCCUAUGUUUCAGACGGCUCGGUCGGUAUUUCUCCUUGUUCCUCAUCCUAGGGGUCCUGCUGCUGGUGACCCAACUCUGUACAAUAGAUUACACCCUAUCCAAAAUCAAACUGGAUUCCAAUGAACAACGCAUAUCCCGAAUUGGCAAGUCCUGUCGGAAACCUACCGAGGCAAACAUGGAUCUGAUAUUCUACAGCAAAGCAGAUAACCUGUGUUAUUGCGGCACAGCCAAAGCCGGGUGCACCUUCUGGAAACAAGUCAUCCGAUUCCUGAACCAUGAUACCGGCGACCAAACAUACCAGCACCCACUUGACAUACCCAGGGAUAUCGUACACUGGGGUAUGAAACACACAACCCAAACAAACUUUUACAAACUGCAAAAAUAUUUUUCGAAUUACGAACGAUUUAUGUUUGUAAGGAAUCCUUUUACAAGAUUGUGGUCGGCUUAUAUUGAUAAGAUAUUCCUACCAGACCAUUGGGGGCAUCCAUUCGUAUCUGGACUAACUUCGGAUAAAUGUCCUUUAAAUGUAACUUUUGAAGACUUCGUCAAAAGGGUUUUGGAUACCCCUGUUGGUAAAAUGGAUACCCAUUGGGUACCCAUGUCAUAUUCGUGCGAUCCCUGCACAUUCCAACCCACAUUUCUGGGGAAGAUGGAGACAUUUGCUGCUGACGUUCGCCACCUUCUCUCCAGACAUAACCUGUCCUGGAUAGUGGAUUCCCACGCAUCAAAACACAAUGAAGAUGAAAUGAAAAUGCUUAUCAGGUAUAAUUAUAAUUUAUUCGAGCACGACAAAAUCCAGGAGUGUAUCACCACGAGGGGGUUGGCCCUAAGACUAUGGAAGGUGUUUCAGCUAAAUGGACAUCUGUCUAAUGACGAAAAUCUCCGCUUGCCAAAACAUGGCACGAUUACUGAAAAGGAAUUUGAAGAUCUUACUGUUGGUGCGUCAAAGAGACAAAACAUAUCUCCAGCUGCUUUAAAGGAACAAAAAAAGUUACAUUUAAAACAAGCAUAUGAAUCUCUUUCCUUGACAACAAUCACAGCCAUUCGCGAGAAAUAUGCUUCAGAUUUUGAUAUGUUUGGAUACGACGAAAUUGAAUGAUGUUUCGAUUUACGGAUUGCCGAUUAUUUGAUUGACUCAAAUUUUGUAGGUGUUAGGUGUUGAUUUUAAGUUUGGGAUCACCAGACUGAGUUAGUCCAAAGAGAUUGUAUUGUGCACUAAGUAUUUUUAUUGUUUUCAUUUUGUUCAGAUAAUGGUUCUGGUACAUUCUAUUCUGGCUCUCUACAAUGAGGAUUGCCUGACCCUCAAUCUGAUUAGUGUCACCUUUGUGUUAUAUGUCAGUUCAUAUCUUUAACAAUAAAUCGCAAGUGAUUCCAUGG